AUGUCUUUCUCCGGCCGCCGCCUCAGCCUCUUACGCCCGUCUGACAGCCGCCGCUUCUCCACCAACAAGGAACUGUCGGAAAAUGAGCUCCGGUCAGAGACUCACCGGCAAUUCCGAGCUGCUCACGAAGGUCACCGUCCCCACGCCGGUCUCGAUGCUUCCCGUGCUUCCACCGGUGUGGUCUGGUGCACGGAACGAGCCUCCGAACAUGGCUACUCCGAGGAUCCCUCCAGCUGGGCCAACUUAGGCCAGGGUGCCCCAGAGGCUGACGAUGAGAUCGAGGGAAGCUUCCCUCGUCCGACAUCAAUCCCAAUCUCCUCCGCUGCUCGGGAGUAUGGCCCGACCGCCGGUAUCAAGCCGCUGCGUGCCGCCGUGGCUCGUCUGUACAACGAUCACUACCGUCAGGGCAAGGAGAGCCAGUAUACCUGGGAGAAUGUCUGCAUUGUUCCCGGCGGCCGCGCCGGCCUGAUUCGCAUUGCCGCUAUCCUGGGCAACUCGUACCUGUCCUUCCCCAUCCCCGAUUACUCUGCGUAUUCGGAGAUGUUGACACUGUUCAAGAACAUUGCUCCCAUCCCUCUGCCUCUCUCAAAGGAUGACCACUACCACAUCCACCCCAACAAGAUCGCUGAGGAAAUCGCCCGUGGCACUCAGGUGCUGCUGACCUCCAACCCCCGUAACCCCACAGGCCACUUCGUCUCGCAAGAGGAGCUGGUGGAAAUCCAGGAUCUCUGCCGUGACCGUGCAACUCUCAUCCUAGACGAGUUCUAUGGCGGAUACAACUACACCACUGACUGCGACGGAUCGACGAUCAGCGGUGCCGCGAACGUCAUCGACGUUAACAAGGAUGAUGUGCUUCUGAUCGACGGACUCACAAAGCGCUUCCGUCUACCCGGUUGGCGUAUUGCGUGGGUCGUCGGCCCAAAGGAAUUCGUCGAUGCCCUGGGAUCUGCAGGCUCAUACCUGGACGGUGGUGCGAACGUUCCGUUCCAGGAGGCUGCGAUCCCGAUGCUGGAGCCGUCGCUGGUGCGCACGGAAAUGCAGGCGCUACAGAGCCACUUCAAGGAGAAGCGUGACUACGUCCUGAAGAGACUGUACGAAAUUGGUUUCCGUGUCCACGACAUCCCCCAGGCGACAUUCUAUAUCUGGCUCGAUCUGACCUCACUCGACCCGCCCCUGCCUCCCCAGGCUAACAUCUCUGACGGUCUGAACUUCUUUAAUGCCCUGCUCUCCGAGAAGGUCAUUGUUGUCCCUGGUAUCUUCUUCGACUUGAACCCGGCCAAGCGUCGUGAUCUCUUCGACAGCCCAUGUCACCACUUCGUGCGUCUGAGCUAUGGACCCAAGAUGGACGUGUUGAAGAUGGGUCUCGAUGGUAUUGAGCGUGUCAUUAACCGUGCCCGUGGGAUGAGUGCGCCGAACUGGGACGACGAGGUUGCCGUGUCAGAUGAUUAG